AUGUGGCGGCAGCUAGGCUCUGGAAUACUGCUCCUGAGCGCCUUACCUUCAGGUCCCUAAUUCCCGGCCUCAGAUGACCAGGGGAAGCCUGGCGGGCCGCAGUGCCAGGAGCGUGCCGCCCCGCCCCCUGGACGCCAGCUGCAGCACGAGGUUUUACCACUGAGCCGUGGCAGUGGCAGCGGAGGCCCGGACUCGCGCCACCUGUCCGAGUGCCACCUGGUGAGCGCGGCGCCUGGGGGCCAACCCCCUCCUCCCGCGGACCUCCCUCUCUCCUCCCUGGCCCGUACUCUCCCUUGGCCUGGGUGCAGUCUACAGCCGCCAUCGGUGCUGACCCGCAUUUCCACCCGGUUCUUGCCUCCUCUCAGAACUUGGAGUAACCUCAGGCUGAGGAUCCAAACAUUCAUCCAGAGGCUGGCCAUCAUGCCGCGCUCCUUCCUGGUCAAGAGCAAGAAGGCGCACAGCUACCACCAACCGCGUUCCCCGGGGCCAGACUACUCCCUCCGUCUGGAGAUUGUGCCCGCGCCGGGCAGAGCAGACCCUGUGGAUGCAGGCGAGGCGAAGACGGCGCCCCGAGACCGUUUGUCCCCCGACUCUCAGCUAACCGAGGCUCAUGACAAAGCCUCCGCGAGCCCCGAAAGCUGCGAAAGCAGCGUUUGUGACCCGAGCUCCGAGUUCGAGGACUUCUGGAGGCCCCCUUCUCCCUCGGUGUCUCCAGCCUCUGAGAAGUCGCUAUGCCGGUCUCUGGACGAAGUUCAACCUUACACCCUGCCUUUCAAGCCCUACGCUUGGAGCAGCCUCGCGGGGUCCGACCUGCGGCACCUGGUGCAGAGCUACCGGCAGUGCACCGCCCUGGAGCGCAGCGCCGGCCUGAGCCUCUUCUGCGAGCGCGGCGGGGAGCCGGGCCACUCGGCCCCACUGUACGGCCCUGAGCCGGCUGCGGGAGGAGCCGGUGCGGGGCCACCCGGGACCUGCGGUGCUGCAGGCGGAGCCACCGGCGGCUCUGGCCUGGGGCUCUACGGAGAUUUCGGGCCUGCGGCGGCCGGGCUCUAUGAACGGCCGAACGCAGCAGCGGGCCGUCUGUACCAAGAUCGCGGCCACGAGAUCCACGCAGACAAGAGCGUGGGCGUCAAGGUGGAGUCGGAACUGCUGUGCACUCGCCUGCUGCUAGGCGGUGGCUCCUACAAAUGCAUCAAAUGCAGCAAGGUGUUCUCCACACCGCACGGGCUGGAGGUGCACGUGCGCCGGUCCCACAGCGGCACGAGACCAUUCGCGUGCGAGAUGUGCGGCAAGACCUUCGGGCACGCGGUGAGCCUGGAGCAGCACAAGGCCGUGCACUCGCAGGAACGAAGCUUUGACUGUAAGAUCUGCGGCAAGAGCUUCAAGCGGUCGUCCACGCUGUCCACACACCUGCUCAUUCACUCGGAUACCCGGCCCUACCCCUGUCAGUACUGUGGCAAGAGAUUCCACCAGAAGUCCGACAUGAAGAAACACACCUUCAUCCACACAGGUGAGAAGCCCCACAAAUGCCAGGUGUGUGGCAAAGCGUUCAGUCAGAGCUCCAACCUCAUCACUCACAGCAGAAAGCACACGGGUUUCAAGCCCUUUGGCUGCGACCUGUGUGGAAAGGGCUUCCAGAGGAAGGUGGAUCUCAGGCGGCACCGGGAGACACAGCAUGGACUCAAAUGA